CAUUUGCUAAAUUUGACAACGCUGUUUCUAAAUAGAAAUAGAAGACAGCCUUCCCUCCCUUUUUUUUUCUUUUGCUUUCUGCUGUGUACACACACCUCGGCUAGCCAUGGCAUUGUAGCACGCACACACACACACACACACACACAAAUGGCUGCUUACACUGUCAGUCGGUUUUGACAGCUAGACUCGUUCAACUUGUAACGAGUCUGCGUGAGAAAUUGGGCAGAAAGUGAGCUGAAUAACAAGAAAUCUCUAAUAGACGAGAAACGUAUGCGCGUACAUGGAUCCGUACUGUUUUUGUGUUAUCUUAUCGAGCCUUGAUUUUUCAAGCUAGAUUCGAUCGGUCUCCCCUCCCACAUUCUCUACCCACUCGAUCACGGCUCAAACCGCCCAAAUUUAGGUUGGACCUCGACUGCUCUACCGUGCGUGUGUGUGGGAUUCGCGACGAGAAGAUAUUGCAGCCUUUCAGCAAUGACCACCCUAUCUCUAGUGUUUCCCUAUCUCAUCGUCCUCAUCAGUUGCUCAUAGAAAAAAAUGCAGGUGCUUGUUCAGUAUUAGUGCUGUUGCUACUUUAUUGGAAAACCCAGAGUUUCCUCGUUCCAGCUACGUCAUGUCGGAAACCAAGAACAAACUCAGCAAGGUGGCGAGGCUGAGGAAACGGCUCAGCGACAGCUUGGGCAGGCUGGCCUCUCUAGCUAAAGAAGACUGGUCCAUCAGCCGAACUAGAUCUCAGACCAGACUCUCUCACAUGGGAUAUCGCAAGGACCACAAUGGGCUGAGCAUGAGAGGCAAAGCAGGUUUCUCUGACGAAUACCUGGAUAAAUUGGACAGUGAAAAUAGAGACUCUCUACAAGAGAAUGGUGAUGCAGCUGGUGGUGGGGUCGAGCCAGAUUUGCGAUGGGAGAGGCUCAGGUUAAGUGACGGAGAUUUGCUCACUGCUAGCCGGGACCCUGAAUUUGAAAAAUUAAAGGGUUCUGGUGGUGCUGAUUCCGGUUUGGGUAGUGACGACGCCUGUGCUCAAGACAUUAGCAGCCGAAUUGCAACGGUUGAAGGUGAACAAGUGGUGCUGAGACGUAGCAAAAAAUCGUCUUCAUCGCAUCUCAAACAGCGACCCAAAUCGGAAGUUUAUAGACACCAGCACAUCGAUCCGCACCUGCCUGGAGCCAAUGUCGUCCUACCCAGCGCAUCCGCCAUCAAUUUAAAGCCAUCCGAGUCGAUACGUCGCUCGAAAAGAUACUCAGCCUUCGGGGGAACCAGUCCGUUUGGCAAAAUUGAGAAUUAUCUACGACUAGAGCAGCUAGGAGAAGGGUCUUAUGCGACCGUUUACCGAGGGUUCAGCAAUUUGACCCAGCAAGUGGUUGCAUUGAAAGAAAUUCGGUUGCAGGAAGAGGAAGGUGCUCCAUUCACGGCUAUCCGUGAAGCUUCUCUAUUACGCGAUCUUCGUCACGCCAACGUCGUCACAUUGCACGACAUCGUCCAUACGAAAACGUCGCUCACCUUCGUCUUUGAAUACGUCCAUUCCGAUUUGGCUCAGUAUUUGGAGAGGCAUCCGGGCGGAUUGCAGGCUCACAAUGUCCGUCUAUUCCUGUUUCAGCUGCUGCGUGGCCUCACGUACGUCCAUCGGCGCAAGAUCCUGCAUCGGGAUCUGAAGCCGCAGAAUUUGCUCAUCAGCGAAGUCGGCGAACUCAAAUUGGCUGAUUUCGGGCUGGCCCGCGCCCAGUCGGUGCCGUCGCACACGUUUUCCAGCGAAGUCGUCACCCUGUGGUACCGGCCGCCCGAAGUCCUACUCGGCUCAACGCAAUACUCUUCGCCUUUGGAUCUGUGGGGCGUCGGCUGCAUCUUCGUCGAGCUUUUGACGGGCAGUCCAGCCUUCCCCGGCGUCAAAGACGCUGCCGAUCAAUUGGAACGAAUCUUCAAGAUUUUGGGGACGCCAACGGAAGCGACGUGGCCCGGAGUGUCACGUCUGCCGCUGUACAAGCCGCAACGUUUGAAUUUUUACCGCACUCAGAGGCUAGGACACGCUUUCCCGCGCCUCUACGACAUUAGCCAGGCCGAGAAUUUGGCCUCGAAACUGCUACAAUUGCAGCCCAGUAUCCGACUGACGGGCGAAACUGCCGUCCGGCACAAAUUCUUCCAGGAACUACCCUCCCAAUUGUAUAACUUAUCUGACGACGUGUCGAUUUUCACUGUGCCGGGCGUCGGUCUCUACCCGGAAGAGAGAAAAUUCCCUCCCGUCGUUUUGAGAGCUGCCCAGGAGCUCAAAAAUAAGGCCAAAUUUUGAUUUUUAUAUAUAUUUUCUUUUCUUUUUUUUUUUUACUAAUUGAUAGUUUUCGUCCUUUUAUUAUAAAAAAAAACUAUUUCCCCUCCACUCUCGAAAUCCGUUCCAUAAUACUUCAUGAUGCAGCCAUAUAAGCCGAUCCCAACAACAAAGUCCUUCCUUUUUUUUUUUCAUUUUAAAUUAACGCACUCGGUAAAAAAAAAAGGAAAACCAACGGUAUUAUUUACUUUAAAAAAAUCAUUCAUUUUAGCUUCUGUGAAACAACUCCGGGAAAAGAAAUAUUUUAGAAAAUAUGAAUAAUCAUUUGCUCGUAUCCCAUUUUAUAUAGAGCCAAUCGGCAACAAGCAUGUCCAUCUUUUUGUUGGGUUUUUUAAACAUUUUUUUUUUUUUUUUUCUCAUUAAGUUUUGACGUUGUCCCUCUUUAUUUUAUCUUUUUUCCGAGGGUGGCCAGUUGUUUCCUAGUAACCCAUUUUUUUCUUUUGGUUUUAAUUGUAAUCAUUUAUAGUUGUCGUGCAACAUUAAUGAAGGCAGCAAUACUAUUCCUGUUUGAUAGAAUAACAAAUGAGCUCAGAUGUUUUUCCAUAGCCGGAAACCACGCCCACCAAUUUUAAAUUGGCCCUUUAUUAUUUGAACCGAACUUGUAUUGACACUCUGCUCUACAUGGGCAUGAUUCACAAUUUCUUUUCCCGCAGUACCUCCCCCUCAACCCCAAUUUCUGAUGCCAAAAUUUCCCCUUUUUUUUUCUCUUUUAAUUUCGUGUCAUCGUUGCCAUUUGUUUUGUUUGUUCCCUCACCUUGUCGAAUGGUCUACUCGUCCAUCAAUACUACUCCUACUACUACCCGUUGUAACCGUCCUAUUAAAGAAAAAGGUGGGGAGAGAAAAAACCAAACAUUUAGUGCAUCUGCUGUCGUCAUCUUUCUUUGUCAUGUCCGUUCAAAAUAAACCCACGCAUUUGUUCUUUUCAUCCGGAAAUACCCCCCCCACUGAAGAAAAUGGUCGAUUCUUCGGGGGUUUUUUUUUUAAUUUUUCCUCACGAUAGUUGUUUCCAGUAACCUCCCCCGCGUUCCACCAUGUUUUUAUUUUAUUUUAUUUUUUGAAUCGAGAAACACAAAUGUAAAUCUAUUUAGGACUUUUCGUCAUUCAUUUUUUUCCCCCCCUCAAGAUUCUUGUUGGUUCCUCAAUGCUGUUAUAUUGUUGAACGAUGACUAUCGAAAAAGAAAAAAGAGUAUUAACUGUGACGUCCCAGGGAAAGAACAAACAAACAAAGUGAACCAUGUAGAGACACGUUUUCGUCCGUCAAAACAAGAGAAUUUAAAAAGAAAAGAAAGAAAUCUAACCGUUUGCCAUCCUCGUCGUUGUCCUCGUAUGUCAUGUGUCGUUGCUGUCUCUUCUUAUCAAACAAUCAUCCUUGUAUCAACCCCCAGAAAGAAAGAAAAACAUUGGAUUUCCACCGAAAAUAAAAGCAGUUCCGCGCCCCCCACACACCACUCGCUCUAAUCAAUGUUCAAAUUUUCACCCCAGUUGUUGCUGCCGUUGGAUGCCUUCGCUUACCUGUGAUGGACGAUCGAGUUGUCAGGUCUUACUCACUAGGACUAGGCUUACCUGUCAUUUCUCCAACAAGUGGAUUGUCUUGAGAUCCUGGACAACGAAGAAUCAUCCCGGAGCUUCCACUUUGUGUAACGAGCAGUAAAAAGUUGGAUCAUCAAUCACGUUUUUUUUUUUUAUCUUUUAUUUUCCUGAUCCAACGCUCUAUCUUUAUCUGAAAAGCCGAAUUAUUCAUUUCCACUUUAAGGGGAAGGGGUGUAUAACAGGUGAGCCCCACAAUGCUGAUAGCCAUUGUUACACGUACUUCAAUAGCAUUUUCAGAGAUCCGCCUCAGUCAGAAAGGUAUGCAUUUCACAGUUCAGAAAGCUGACGGGCUCGGGGACGCAAUAUCCGAUACACGCAGUUAGGGAAUGCAUCAAAAUCAAGGAAAUAUAAAAUGCUGUAACGUUAGAUACGUGGGUUCGGGGUCAUCGCUCGAUGCUUCACGAUGCCCUCCAGGCCGUUUCUCCAGUUUUCCCAUUUUUAACCAUUUCAUUUCCCCCUUUUUCUUUAAACUUUGGUUGAAAAAAAAAAAGGAAACAAAGAGGAAGAAAGAAAAAAAAAAUUUUCUUUUAGUUGUUUUUUGUUGGGGAGAUCAGGAACGGGUUACGCCAUUUCACUAGUGUUUUUAUUUCAAUUUGUCUUUCCCUCCAGCAGAAGGCAGGCCGGGGCAUAUAAUGAACUGUGAAACAUUCGCCGCAGCUCAUUUCCAACUCCGUACCAAGCACCAAACAACCGAUUUUUUUCCCCCCGUCCAAACCCCCCCUUCACACAAAAAAAGAAUAGCCGCCAUGUUGUUCCAUGGAUAUUGCUACUAACCGAAAUCAGAGUUUGAUAUUUUCUUUCCCACACUCGCGUCAAAGAGUCAGUCUGUCAAAAUGCUUGUGCGGGUAAUGACUUUCUUUGUGGUGAUUUGUUUCGCCUGGCAAGUCAAUGGACUGCCGUUCAUCAGCAGCAGCUCCAAAGAAACAGGAACUGAAAACAAAAAUAAAAAUGUUCUGGAUAGUGUGAAAAGUUACCACAUUUUCCCCCACUGGGUUACUGAAAUUGGUGAAAUCUGUCUGUUUGCCAUCCAUUACGCUUGGCAUCACGAACUGAGUGAACACAUCCAAGAAGUUGGCUCCGAAGUCAGCGAAAUCAAUUCCAAACUAGACGCCAUCUUAGCCACCUCGCCGGCAGCAUCUCAAUUGUUUUCCCAGUUGAAAAAAUCAUCUCAUCACGCAUCACCCGACGACAAUCGACAUCUCGUUUGGGAUCUUCAGCCAUCAACUGCACCUCCCAGCAUCCAAGAGGAAAUCGUCCGAUGGAAGAAAAUAAUAGCAGACGACAAUCGAAUAUGAUGGCAUGUCUACUAACGAUCUGUGUCUCCCUAUCCGCUUUCAAUAAUAAUCUAAUAAGAAACCAGUCAACCAAACAACUAAAAUAAAAAAAAAAAAAAAAAGAGGUAGGAUUUGAACGUAGAACAAUAGUUGACUGGUUACAAGUUGACGAGUUAGAUGGCAAAACAAGUCUUGAGUGAAACCCAUGUCAGAGACAUAUAAUGUCAUAAGAUAUCAUUGUCGGUUAUUGCCCUUUUCUACUUUUCCUGUACAGAGAACAGAACCUUUGGGCUUGUCUUUCUUUUAUUUGCCGGGUAUCGUUUUUUUUUUUUAAAGAUGGAUUUUGAGCUUUUUGCUUGUAAAAAAAAAGAAUCUGUGCAUUCCUGCGAGUACUAAUGUAAACUUGAAAUUUGUGUGUUGUACGAUGACACGUUUACGUCUCCAAGACAUGCAUUUUCGUUUUUUGCUUAUGUUGCUCGCUAACUUGGCGUGUUUCCGACAGGAAAUGCCACAUGGGCGGUCUCUUCCUGUUGUCGUUGGCAAUUUUUCUAUGAAAAAACAUUAAGGUGACAUUAUUCUUAUUUGUCGGCCAAUGGGGACAUAUUUUCUGUGCGUUUCGCUAUCGCUUCGAUGACUGCACCGAAACGAAGUUGCGGCUUUUUAUAUUUUCAGCCAAGUGGACAUUUCAAGGUUAUUAUGUUCUAUAUUAUUUUCUUUAGUUCUGUAAAAAUUAAAUAAACACAAAAAACGGAAAGUGGUAGUCGAACAGCAGUGGUCGAACCCCGUGUGAAGGCGAUGCCCACAUGGACGAGACACACAGCAGUGGAAAGCAAAGCAUUGUUUGUUAACCGUGAUGUUAUAGUACGUAGUACACUUGCAGAAAUACAAAAAUGGGACACAAAUGCAA